AUGGCAAUUGACUCGACGACCGAGAACCUCCGGACACACACAGAGCGAGCAGCUGCACCUGUUGGUACCCUGCCGAAUCAAUCAACCCCAUCCAACAUAUACAGCCCUUCAGAACAAGACAAACAUGUCGUUCCAGAGGCUCCACACAGCAUCUUUGACAGGCGGCAAAAAUGGCUGAUUGUGACCAUAGUCUCGACCGCGGCAACAUUCAUCACAGUCUCUGGUUUCGCAUCAAAUAUCUAUUUUCCAGCUCUUCCCACAAUUGCAUCUGAUCUCAAUGUGUCACUCGAACUCGUCGAUCUGACCGUGACGUCGUAUCUCAUCUUCCAGGGCCUGGCGCCCAGCCUUUGGGGGCCAAUCUCCGAUGUCAGGGGCCGGCGCAUUGCAUAUCUCCUCACCUUCUUGGUCUUCCUGGGUGCAUGCAUUGGUCUAGCCCAGACCAAGAACUAUGCUUCUCUCAUCGUUCUUCGAUGUCUCCAGAGUACCGGGAGCGCCAGUACCAUCGCCAUUGGGUCCGGUGUCAUUGGAGAUAUCACCACGCGCGAAGAGCGCGGCGGGUUCAUGGGUAUCUUCCAAGCAGGCCUCUUGGUUCCGGUGGCGGCUGGUCCUGUAAUUGGGGGCGCUGUUGCUGGUACACUAGGCUGGCGGGCGAUCUUCUGGGUGUUGACUGCUUAUAGCGGGGCUUUUCUGCUUGCGAUGCUUGUGCUGUUACCUGAGACGCUGCGCUCGCUGGUCGCAAAUGGAAGCCACACAAAGUCAUCCAACGUCUUGACCAAGUACCCCCUGGUAAUUUAUCAGAGGCGCACCAAAGUGGAAUGGGACCCAAACGACACGCCGCCGCAGACUACCCGAAAACACAUCGAUUUGACGGGUCCUUUUCGUAUUCUCACGAGCAGAGAUGCGGCACCGAUCAUCGUGUUUCUUGCGAUAUACUACGCUGUAUGGCAGAUGAGCAUCACUGCCAUGUCCUCGCUGUUCAAGGAAAGAUAUGGACUCAGCGAGAUCCACAUCGGGCUGACUUUCAUCGCCAAUGGGGUUGGCUCUAUGGUUGGCACGUUGAUCACAGGCAAGAUCCUGGACCUUGACUACCGCAAAGUCAAAAGCAAGUUCGAGGCACAACAGGACCCUGAAGGACCUGAGAGAGUGGUGGAUGAAAGGAGCUUUCCUUUGGAAAAGGCACGCCUGCGGCUGAUCCCGAUAUUUGCGGGUGUUCAAUGCCUGUCACUGAUCCUCUUCGGCUGGAGCAUCCAGUAUACUGUCCACAUUUCGGUCCCUAUCAUUUCCACAUUCAUCACCGGGUGGACGGUUGUAUCGAUGCAGUCGGUGAUCAUGACCUAUCUUGUCGAUACCUUCCAUGAUAGGAGCGCGGCCGCAAGUGCCAGUAUCAAUUUGGCUCGAUGCUUAUUUGCAGCGGGUGGCACCAGUUUUGUGAUGCCCCUAAUUGAUGCUGUUGGAGCAGGUGUCUGUUUUACAAUUUGUGCGGCUGUGCAGGUUGUUUCACUGGCAGCACCUCUUAUUCAAGUGAAGUACGCGGGUGCAUGGAGGAGAGCUGCCGAGGAGAAGAAGAGAAAAAUGGAAGGGCUGGCUCAAUCGUAG